AUGGCUUCAAAUAACAACCCUCUGCCAAGAGCGAUUUUCAGUCCUGUUCCUUGCGGUUCUCUUUGGGGAGGCUCGGAUGUUACUGAAGGUGAAUGUGGUCCUCAACAAAUCUUACACUCAGCAGACAACCAACUGAAUCAAAGUGAAAGCGCAGAUAUCAGUCCUCUCUCUCAAGGGCAACCGCCGGUGUCAGACGACCCUGCAGAUGCCUGGUUCAAUGCAGCGGGGAUCCUCUUGUCCCUUAAACACGCGGCCGCUGAGAGGAGCGCUAGAAUGGGGAACCCAGUGGAAAUCUCGCAGUGGAACCCUUCUACAAGUGAACCUACCAUUGUGCAACCACAGACCACAAAUGUUGAUGCUGCAGCUUUCCUGUCCAAUGCAAUACCUAACCCGGAUGACCCAGAAUGUCCUCAGGAUUUCUAUUCAGGGCCCAUAUUCCAAGAAGAGACAGUCCAAUCCCAAAAUGACAGUUCGGAUGAGCCUGGGACAAAAGCAAACAAGUGCCGCCUUUGUGACAAGGUGUACGCCCGCCCUUCCACCUUACGCACACACAUGCGCACUCACUCAGGAGAGAAGCCAUACCAGUGUCACAUCUGUAUGAAGUCAUUCUCUCAGGAUGCCAAUCUAACAGCCCAUCUGCGAAUCCACUCGGGCGAAAAGCCAUUUAAAUGUUUGGUGUGCGAUCGAAGGUUCGCUCAGUCCUCCUCAGUUACUACGCACAUGCGCACUCACACUGGUGAGCGGCCUUACCGAUGCAAGAUGUGCGCCCGUGGAUUUGCAGACAGCUCCACGCUGACCAAACACUUGCGGACUCACACUGGCGAGAAGCCAUACAAGUGCAAGAUAUGUCAGCUGAAGUUCUCACAGUCGGGGAAUUUGAAUCGACACAUGCGCGUGCACGAACACGGCAGCGCGUGAGAAACUGCGCUACUAAAUUAAGAGUAGAGCCUGGUAACAGACUGUUCAGCUCUUUUAAAAUGAUUCUAAAAUUGCAAUAUUUGUCAUUAUGACAUAAAUUUUGAAGGAAAUAUAUUAUUAUCAUUCAUAAUCAUCAGUGUACGAAAUGCUUGAGAAAUUUUACUUAUUGAUCAUGCAGGAUAACUGAAUCAGCUUCUAAUAAAGAUUUUUUAAUUGUCACUGUUUUGAUUAUAUUAGUUCUUUUGUUAAUUGUUUUGCUGAAUUCACGUUGCUGGAUUGCAGAGGACGGCUACGAAACAUACAAAGAUCUACAAUGCACGUUCAUAGCCAUUCUCCUGCUCAUUAAAUAAACCGUUAGUUUGGUCACGUUCUUGUUGCCGCAGUCGUCGUGGUUUUCGUUAAGUACUCUCUGUUUCAAUCGUUGUAUGACCAGUCGUUUAUUACCUAAGAUUGCAUGACUCUGCAACAGCUUUUUUAAAUAGUUUGUUGUAGAGUUGACUUUUUAGUUCCCUCAUUUGACACGUUUGUUUCUGCGCCUUUAGCAGUGUUAAAGAUCAUUGCUUUUGUAUGGUUAUCGCAAGUUACUAAUAAGAAAUAUUAUCCGUUUCAGGGUCCCUUUCAUUUUCUUUUUGUGGUUUUCUCUCAGGUAAUUAACUUUUCCUUAUUCUAUAUAAGAAGGAAACGUAAAACUAAGUAUGGCAAUAUUAUAUGUAACUAUUAAUCUUGUCACUAGUUUUCUGAUGACUUUUGCCAAACCAAAAAGUAAAAAUAAAGUCACUUAAUUUCUGAGGGAACUAUUCUUCUCCGUCGACGGUGAGUGACGGAAACAUCAAAAUAAUGACUUAUUUACUUACCACUGGCAAGGCAGGUUAAAACCAUCACCUAGAGAAUUUGGACCAAUGACGUAAAACCACUGAACCGUUCUGGGAGACCCCCUUUAAGCCGGGGAGCUUUUUAGUUUGAAUUUCGUACCUUAAUCCGCCGACCUAACAUCUGCAAGAUUUUGAGUUGGUUAAAACAAACUGUAAGUUUUCCAAAAAAAAAAAAAAAAAAA